AUAUACUAUAGUAUUAAGAAUCUCAUAUCAACUUCAGAAAAAGAAAACAAAAGAAAAAGAAUCCAUAUCAGUAUCUAUCAAACAAAACAAUCAUUCUGAUUCCUAAAAAAGCUCUCAAAUUUUUUCAUCAUUCAGUAUCAGUACACUUUUGCCUCAUAAUCUGUAACAUUAACAAACGUGCUUUUUGGUAUAAGCUUGUUUGCCUCAUAAUCUGUAACAUUAACAAACGUGCUUUUAUCACAAGAUUGGAGCUUUAUCCAUUCAAAAUUGUGGGUUGUGACUAUUUCUGCAGUUUGGUGCAGUUGGUGUUGGAAUUCUAAGAAGAGUGCAUGUGGGGUUUCUUUUGGAUCCUUUGUUCUUUAAAGGGUUAAUUUGGUAACCUUUGACUGGUUGAAUUUGGUGUGAAAUUGAUAAGACUUUUCUUGUGAGGAUUUUGUUGUUGUAGGUGUUGCCUAAGAAAUGCAUAAAGUAAAGAAAUCACUGGAGAUGGACUUUUUCUCGGACUAUGGCGAUGCCAACCGGUAUAAAAUUCAAGAAGUAAUUGGGAAAGGUAGUUAUGGUGUUGUUUGUUCAGCUGUUGAUACUCAUACUGGUGAAAAAGUUGCAAUUAAAAAGGUUCAUGGUAUCUUUGAGCAUAUAUCCGACGCUGCACGUAUUCUUCGUGAGAUAAAGUUGCUCAGACUUCUUAGACAUCCAGAUAUUGUUGAAAUUAAGCACAUUAUGUUGCCUCCUUCAAGCAGAGAAUUCAAAGAUAUUUAUGUUGUUUUUGAGCUUUUGGAAUCUGAUCUGCAUCAAGUCAUUAAAGCCAAUGCCGACUUAACAAAAGAGCACUAUCAGUUUUUUCUUUAUCAGUUACUUCGAGCAUUGAAGUAUAUUCACACUGCAAAUGUCUAUCAUCGAGACUUGAAGCCAAAGAAUAUACUGGCCAAUGCAAACUGUAAACUUAAAAUCUGUGAUUUUGGGUUAGCUAGAGUUGCUUUCAGUGACACUCCAACAACUGUAUUUUGGACGGACUAUGUUGCUACAAGGUGGUAUAGAGCACCCGAGCUCUGUGGAUCAUUUUACUCAAAGUAUACGCCGGCAAUUGAUAUUUGGAGUAUAGGAUGCAUCUUUGCUGAAGUGUUAAUAGGAAAACCACUUUUUCCCGGAAAAAGUGUCGUACAUCAGUUGGAUCUGAUCACAGAUCUGCUCGGGACCCCCUCAAUGGAUUCUAUAUGUCGGGUACGCAAUGAUAAAGCAAGGAGAUACCUAACUAGUAUGAGGAAAAAGCAGCCUAUACCAUUUGCACAAAAAUUUCCUAAUGCAGAUCCUUUAUCACUACGGCUACUGGAGAGGUUGCUCGCCUUUGAUCCAAAAGACCGGCCUACUGCUGAAGAGGCAUUAGCUGAUCCUUACUUCAAGGGACUUGCGAAAAUUGAAAGGGAACCAUCUUGCGAGCCCAUUACACAAAUGGAGUUUGAAUUUGAAAAGAGAAGAGUAACAAAGGGAGAAAUCCGAGACUUGAUUUUCCAUGAGAUUCUAGAGUACCAUCCUCAACUAAAUGGAACAGAGAGAACUAAUUUUCUUUAUCCAAGUGCUGUUGAUCAAUUUGACAAGCAGUUCACUCAUCUUGAGGAAACUGGUGGUAAAAGUGACCCUGUUGUGCCACUUGAAAGAAAACAUGCAUCGCUUCCCAGAUCAACAAUCGUACAUUCAAAUAUGACACCCCAAAAAGAACAGUCGAAUAUUGCUUCCAGCAAAAACCGGCAAACAACUGAGGAAUAUAAUACUAAAUAUAUAGAAUCCAGCGGCAUUCGAGGACUGCAAAUAAUUCCACUUGAAACACCUGGUAAAGUUGUUAGGCCGGUUGUUAAAUAUGAGCAUGGAAGUAUUGUCAAUGAUUCGUAUGAUUCCAGAACAUCAAUGAGAGUCAGAUCAGAAGACUCAUAUUCUGACUUCAACAAAACAUCCUUAAAUUCAUCUCGGAAUAGGAGCUGUCUGAUCUUCAUCCAAUUGUCGAAAUCUGUGACUGCGAGACUCCAACUCUUAGCUCAGUCAACAAGAGAAGCUGACAAAGAUGUUAUGUAUCUUUACAGGCAAAACAUACCCAACGGUUUUGAAUCAAGGCCGAAGUAGCAUCAAGUUUAACCAUAAGUAUUGAUACCAACCGAAACGAGGAAAGGCUGAACAAAGACAGAACAAGAUGAUUGAAUAGCCAUUGACAUUGUAACAAACUUGAUGCUCAUAUUGAAAGGAUGGACCUGUUCAUGACAAGGAUGUUCUAGAUGGUUUUCUUGUGAAUAGUUUAACCAGAUGGAGAAAUUCCUGCGGAGGAAAAAAAACAAAGGCUGUUUGUAGUGGAGAAGGUGUAGUCGCUGGUGGUGGUUUGUGUAAAAUGACACGGAUUAGUGCUUCCACUUAAAGAGCCAGCUUUUUCUUGUCAUAUACUGUAAAGUUUUGGUUACAGCUAUCAAUAAACUGUAGUUCUAUAUUCAAUCCACAGUCUUCUUUUACCUCUUCUCUCUAGAUUUGUAUUGCGUGUAGUAACCACACGCAGUAAACCACAUCUGAACCAUCUAAUCAAGAUAGGACGGUCCAUAUUUCAAUGUCGUGACUUUAUUUUUUUCAAAUCUACAAUGCAAGUUUGAAAUCUUAUUGGACAGUCCAAAUGUGGUUGGCUGCGUGCACACAACCCAAAUCCCAUUUCCCCGGCUUUGAUAUUAAUAUGAUUAUUCACUUUUUGUCACAUAAGAACGGUAAAGCUUAUUGUUUAUGGUGGAUUGUAAUAUUUAAUCAUUCAAUUUUUGUUUUUUCCUAAAUAAUUUGAACUUUAUAGCUGAUUAAGUCCAGCUAUCUA